GAGGGAACACGCUGGCAGAAAUGUGGGCACUUCCAGCGCCAUAUGGUGACCGCCAUCAUAGACUGCGACUCGAAAAAAUGCGAACGCAGCCUGAAGCACACCAAGAACUGCCGAGACCCUGCUUGUAUAAAGAACUUUGGACCAGACCUCCAGAAGGACGUGGACACCGUGAACGACGAUUGCUUCCAAUGCCGAACAGCGGCCGCCCGCCGCGUGCCGGUCUGA